GCCUCACAACACUCCCUCUCCUCUCUCACACACAGAGUGCUCUCCCAGCCUCUCUUCAUAUGCCCCCAACCUCUGAUGAAGAAAAAGUUUAGUCCCUGUGUGUAGAGUAAUUGAUCAUCUGAGGUGACUAGGCUGAAUUGACGUGCUGCUGGUGAUCGAGUAAGCUAGCUUAUGGUGAUCAUGGAGUCAUGCGUGCCUCCAGGGUUUAGGUUCCACCCCACCGACGAGGAGCUCGUCGGCUACUACCUCCGGAAGAAAGUGGUCUCGCAGAAGAUCGACCUCGACGUCAUCCGCGACGUCGACCUGUACCACAUCGAGCCAUGGGAUCUCCAAGAGCACUGCAAGAUCGGGUACGAGGAGCAGAGCGACUGGUACUUCUUCAGCUACAAGGACCGCAAGUACCCGACGGGGACGCGGACGAACCGGGCGACGCUGACGGGGUUCUGGAAGGCGACGGGGCGGGACAAGGCGGUGCGCGACAGCAAGCACGGCGGCGGGCUCAUCGGCAUGCGGAAGACGCUCGUGUUCUACACCGGGAGGGCGCCCAACGGCCGGAAGACCGACUGGAUCAUGCACGAGUACCGGCUCGAGACCGACGAGAACGCCGCGCCUAAGGAAGAAGGGUGGGUGGUGUGCCGAGCGUUCAAGAAGCGGACCAUGCACCCGCCACGGAGCGUUGCUGGAGCAUGGGACCCGAGCUACCCCUACUACCCCGACCCCGUCCUCGCCGGCGCGGCGCGCUUCAAGCAAGAGUCCCCCGAGCUGGACGGCGGCGGCGCCGCCUCCGCAGCGAGUGCCCUCCUGCAGUACUCCAGCCGCCUCGCGGAGCUCCCGCAGCUGGAGAGCCCGCCGCUGCCGAACCAGGGCAGCCACCGGGCCUCGGCCGACGGCGAGGGGGAUCCCGCGGCGACCACGGACUGGAGGGCGCUCGACAGGUUCGUCGCGUCCCAGCUCAUCCCUCCUGACGAGGAUCACGGCCACGCCGCCGGGCAGGGCUGCUUGCCGCAGCAGCAGGAGUAUUGCGGCAAGCCGCUGGGGGCGGCGCACGCCGGGGACAGUAGUGAUCAGGACGCGACGGACAUGGUGGCGCUGCUGCUCCUCGACGGCGCCGCCCGGCACGAGGAAGCGGGGCUGCUGGGCUCCGUGGCCGACCCUGCGUGCCUGCACAGGAACGCGGCGAGAUUUGGCGGCCAUCAGGAACCAUAGGUGGCAGCAGUACACUAUACAUAUACAUGUAUAUUGAUCAUGUAGCUGAACUUGGCAUGCGUUGUCGUCUGAUCGUUUUCGUUUCGUGCUUGUCUGGGCCUCUGGGGAUCACUGGUGAAUGGUGAUGGCCGUAGCUUCGUCCAUCGCCGGCCGUUCCCGUGCCUAUAUAUAUGGUAAUGCGUA